AUGGCACAUAAGCGCUUAUUUAUCUACGCUGUAAUAUUGGCGAUAUGUUAUUUAGUUGGCGUGACAUGGGCUGAGACAGCAACACAAACAUUGCCCAUUAGCAGUAGCAACAACAGCAGCGGCAACAACAAUGUCAGUCCACCAAAUGCACCUGCCAAAGCGGCAGCAGUUACCCCAGCACCAACAAUUGCAACGCUAAAGACAAUAAGCAGCACAAUAACGAGCUCCAAUGCAAGCAUUAAUUCACAUGAAUGUACCUGUGCUGGCUCCCUGGCGCCACAAUUGGAUGCCAAUGGCAGGGAGCUUCCCACAUGCGCCAAGUGCAAAUGCUCAUCUGUCGGACGCAAUUCCACACUCAUAAAGGUGGUCGUCAUCAUUGUGAUCUGGAUAAUAUCCAUUUUAGUGAUAUAUAUGCUCUUCCUAAUGUGCUUGGAUCCGUUGCUAAACAAACGCGUCAAGACGAACAAUUAUCAGGAGCACACCAAUGAAGAUGACGAACCAGCCCCGCCUCUGCCAGCGAGUGCCAACAAUCAAGAGCUGAGCGCUCGAGCUAAUGUUCUCAAUCGUGUUGGCCAUCAGCAGGACAAAUGGAAGCGUCAAGUGCGUGAACAAAGACGCCACAUCUAUGACCGGCAUACGAUGCUCAAUUGAAGGGCCAACAAGAAGCCUUUGGCGUUGGCGACUUAAGACAUUGUAUUCCGGCAAAAGUUAUUAACAAUUAUUGUUUAAAUUUGUCUCUCAAUAGAUCAAAAUUAAUUUAAA